UCGUUUGUGGAAAGCUGUCUUGUGUUGAAGGUUUGCUUACCUGUUUACCACUGGUUUUCACUUAGGCUAUAUCUAAAAAUAUAUAUGUAUAUUUUUUUGGCGGCUCCAGGCACAACAUGGAGAAGUACGAGCAGGUGUUUUGUUUGGGCAGUGGGGGGGCAGGGGACGUUUUCCUCAUGAGGCACGUAGAGUGCACGAGCCUGCACGCGGUGAAAAGGAUCAAGGUAGAGGACACGAGGGCGUCAAAAACUCAGAGGGCCAUUCUCCAAGAGGCUGAAAUCAUCAGGAGGCUGGAGCACCCUCACAUUGUCAAAUGCAGCGAUGUGUUUGUGAAUGACGGGUUCAUCUGCAUCGUGAUGAACUACUGUGAUGGCGGGACAUUAGACGACAAAGUCAAAGGGAGGAAAACAAAGACGUUUUUCACAGAGGAAACGGUGAUGGGCUGGUUUGUGCAAGUUGCCAAGGCUGUUGAUUUUAUACACAUGUCUAAAAUACUGCACAGGGAUAUCAAAACCUCUAAUGUACUGUUAACAAAGCAAGGUCUGGUGAAGCUGGGGGACUUUGGAAUAUCCAGAGUGAUGACACACACAGCUGAUAUGGCCUCCACAUGUGUCGGUACACCCAGCUACCUGAGUCCCGAGCUCUGCCAGGAUGUCCCAUACAGCUCAAAGUCUGAUAUCUGGGCUCUGGGCUGUCUGCUUUAUGAGAUCUGUGCCCUCCGACCUCCCUUUGCAGCUACAAACCUGCUCAGUCUGUUCUACAAGAUCACUAAAGGAGAGUAUGAUCCUGUGGCAGAGGUCUACUCUGACAACAUCAACUCUUUGAUCAAAACUAUGCUUAGCCUCAUCCCUGAACACAGGCCGAGUGCUGCAUGCAUACUCAGCAGUGACUAUGUGCAACAGCACCUAGAGGUCACUUCACACACAGAGAGUGACUGUGAUAAUACUACUGGAACCAAAGGGGACUUCAUCGACAUGAACAUAGAAGGUAACCAAAGAGACACAGUCAAUACACUACAGCCAGAAGCUCUCAGUGAGUCCUCCUCCUGGUGGGAAGACAAAGGAAACGAUGCCGAGGCAAGUUGCAGUGAUGUGGAGGAGGAGGAAGAUCUUGAUGCUUUGUGUGUUGGACAAAACCAAUCGGACUGCCUUUACCCUGAAGACUUUGAUGAAGAUGGAAGUUUGUCCUCUCUGGAGGAGCACAGUGAAAGCUCAGGGUCGCCAAUGAGGAGCGAGUCUGCUGAGCCUCUCGGUAAUGGGGGAGCUUGGUGCAUGGUGAAUAAUAGAACAACAGAACUAAAUAAGAGCUGUAUGAAACAGAUAAAUACUGAAUGCUGCUUUUUGUCUGUUGUACCUCCAAUAACCGAGACGCCUCCUCUCCUAUUAGCACAGGCUCUUGAUGUUUCAGAAGAGGCGGAGUAUCCAGAUGACUUCGAGGAAAUUGAGGUGGAGAAAGAAGACGAGGAUGAAGCAGCUUUAGUCCACUCUGCUUCUCCUGAGCCGCCACACGACGACGUACUGGAGGAGGAAUUUCAACUGUGUGAUGCCGGAGGACUGACCGUCACCCUGAAAGCACUGAAGGAAAAAGGCUAAGAAAUAAAGUGACCAUUAGCAGCUGAAGCAGUGAAAUAGUUACUGAAUAACUCGUUUGUUUUAUGCCAUGGCUGUUUAAAAGGAUAUCAGGCUUUUGGUUAAAACAUUUUCUGCUGCAGUUUGAUCAGAAACUGAAUGUUGAGCAUGUGGGAGCCCGCUGUCUUACAGAACAUUUACUACAUACCAAGAGAACUCUUAAGGGCAGUGUUUUACUUCUACAUAAUGUUCAAAACACUCGGUGAUCGAGAGAGACUGAAUGUAGACCUGUCUAGCUUGCAGUGGCAGUUCUAGACCACUUUUACUGAGGGGGCCAAACUGGGGCCAGUUGUUUUGUCAGAGGGGAACAUUAAACCCAGGUGAAAAAUAGACAAAGAUGAUCGUUUAAAAAAAAAAAUAUAUAUAUAUUAUGCCAAAUAAUAGCACCCAACAUAAAAUAUCAUGAUUUAUACUGUAUUUGUUUCAGCAGCAGUGUUUAAUACUAGAUUGUGAGUCCGGUUGUUGAGUCAAGUACUGUGUAUUUGUUAUUAGGGGGGCUCUUCUUUUUGGAGGGGUGGCCACAGGGGGGACCAAGCUCAGUGUUACAGGGGCACUGGCCCCUGUUGGCCCCUGCCUAGAACUGCCUAUGCUAGCUUGUUUUGCCAUAGACAAGACAAUACCAGACUAAAUUUUAUGAAUUCAAUAUACAUGGUGUCAUUUUUACUGACACAUCAUUACUUUGAAAAAUAUAAGAGCGGCAGCAGGAGGUCCACUUCUUACUGUCCCAUCCUGUGUGUAUCUCUGUGUCUCUAUUUCAAUCAAUCAAUCUCUAUUUGUAUA